AUGACUCUAUCUCUAAAGGAGCCAGAAAUGAAUGAGUCGCUUAUUAAACGUACACCAAGUCAAACGGACAUUGCAGCAUUCAAAGAUCGAACGAAAAUUGAUGCGUUGAAACGAUUAAAAACAUCAUUGAAUAAAAUCAUUUCAACAGCUCCAUCAUCAGCGACAAAAGAUGCAACACGAGUGGAAUUCGAUGGAUUUGAGAAACUAUUCAGUCGAUUUUUGUUGGAGGAUGCCGAUCAAUCAUCGAUUGAUUGGCAAGAAAUUCGGCCACCACCCGAAGGAACUGUCAUUCCGUACAAAAAGUUAAUUACAGCUGAUCUAAGCGACGCAAAGGAACUUUUGAAUAAAUUAAUUGUUGUCAAACUCAAUGGUGGUCUUGGAACAACGAUGGGAUGUCAAGGGCCGAAGAGUGUGAUCUCUGUGCGAAAUGAUUUAACAUUUUUAGAUUUAACCAUUCAACAGCUUGAACAUCUCAAUCGUCAGUAUGAUUGUGAUGUUCCGCUUGUUCUAAUGAAUUCAUUCAAUACACAUGAAGAAACAGAAAAAGUCGUUCAAAAGUAUAGUCAUGUUUCUGUUAGAAUCUACAAUUUCAAUCAGUCGAAAUAUCCGCGUGUCGAUCGGGAAACGUUGUUACCAAUCGCGACCAGUAUAACAAACUCAGACAACGAAUGCUGGUAUCCACCAGGUCAUGGUGAUGUCUAUCAAGCAUUUUAUAAUUCUGGUCUGUUAGACGAGUUCAUUCAACAAGGGAAAGAAUAUAUGUUCUUGAGUAAUAUUGAUAACCUUGGAGCGUCUGUUGAUUUAUAUAUUCUCAAGCAUUUACUGACGGAUGCGGUGAAGCAUGAGUUCAUCAUGGAAGUAACAGAUAAAACACGAGCGGAUGUGAAAGGUGGAACAUUGAUUGAAUAUGAGGGGAAAUUGCGUUUACUCGAAAUUGCACAAGUUCCGAAGGAAAAUGUGGAUGAAUUCAAAAGUGUGUCGAAAUUUCGAAUUUUUAACACCAAUAACUUGUGGAUUAAUCUACCAGCUAUAAAACGAGUUGUCGAAGAUCAAUCUCUCCACAUGGAAAUCAUUGUUAACCGUAAGUCUUUGGACAAAGGUUUCAAUGUUAUCCAAUUAGAAACAGCCAGUGGUGCAGCGAUCAAAAGUUUUGAAGGAGCUCAAGGCAUAAACGUUCCUCGUCGUCGUUUUCUGCCAGUUAAAACAACAUCGGAUUUGUUACUUGUUAUGUCAAAUUUAUUUACUAUUCACCGCGGAAUUUUAGUUAUGAAUCCAAAACGUUCGUUUCCUUCCGUACCACUGGUUAAGCUCGCAACAAGUUUCAAUAAAGUAAAAGAUUUUCUUUCACGUUUCCAAAGCAUUCCCGAUUGUCUUGAACUCGACAGUCUUACCGUAUCAGGCGAUGUGACAUUCGGUAAAGGUGUCUCACUUCGUGGCACAGUUAUCAUAAUUGCUAAUCAUGGUGAUCGAAUCGACAUUCCAACAGGCGCUAUAUUGGAAAAUAAAAUUGUUUCAGGAAAUCUGCAGCUUAAAAAAGAAUCGGAAAAGGAGAACGAGCACAUGGCUCCAUUUCCACUUAUUAAAUUGGCGAUUGUCUUUUUCAAACAGGUCAGCAAGCCACUUGCUAAUCAGAUAAAAGUACGCGCGAAAAAUAGCGAAUUUUUCAAGAAAUAUGUGUGCAUGCCUCCCGCUCAAUUCUAUCAUUGGUAUGAUGUUAAUCUUCGGAUGAGAAUGUUAGGCAUCGAAACGAAAAAAGUCGCGAAAAUGAAUGAAGAAGCUGCAGUCACCCUCGGUGCUGAUAUUUUGGGUGAAGCGGUAAUUUUGAGUGUUGCCGUUGCUGGCUUGGCUCUUGAAUACGCUCGACGAUCGAAAAAUGACACUGAAAAAGAAACACGUCAUCAAGAACGACUAGCUAACAUGGAACGACAGUUAUCUGAACUGGAAGUUACACUUGCGAAUCAAACGGCACAAAUGCGACAACUUGAACGUCUUGUCCAACAUGAAGUAUCUCCGCCAACGAAGCCAACGAAAUCCUCUCCAUCUAAACCGUCGUCAACACCAUCAACAGAAAAAAAGUCUACAGCACAAGCCUAUUCGAUAGUGGAUACAACCUCAUUUCAAUCGCCAUUAAUUCAACUACAUACAACUGAUUAUAUCCAUUUUCCAGUAGCAUACGUUAUGCAACAAACAAAUGAUUAUAUCGUUUCGCCAUUGAAACAAUGGUCCUCAUCGUUGAGAAUAACAAAACACUAA